AUGCCAAUCAAGUUUUUCAUCCAGAAGGACCUGCCUCAGGACGUCCAAGCUGAGCUGUGUGAAUCCAUUACGUCAUUGGGAGGGCGCGUAGAGACCAAAGUGCCGCGCGCAGGCUAUAUCUUGGUCAACCCAGGCUCGCAAGAAGAAAACCGCCUCCGCCAAUGCUGGACUGCAAAGGACAGACCAGAGCGAUACUUUGUUCCUUAUACCUAUGUCGAAGCGUGCAAGGUGGCAGGCACCUUGCUGAAGCAGAUCUUCAUUGAGGAUGGAGUACCGCUUCAAAUGCAUAUUCACCCCAGUAUCGCCAACCCAAACGCCCGAUCGGCUCUAAGCUUGCGCAUUAUGGUUCAUUCGGGCGGAAUAGCAAGUGCUUCGCUUCAAGCUGCAAAAGUCAUUCUGGCGGACCCAAACACUGAAGUGUUUCAACACCUCGUCAAGACUUAUGAAUCCGACCCCAAUAAAUAUGUUGAAUCUUAUCUGUGGGUCAAGAAAUGCAUCGAGAAAGGGGCUGUGAUGUAUACCCCUCUGGUGUACAAGAAUCCGGGUGGACGUCGACCCGGUGAAGAGAGGACCCAGUUCACGGAGGAUGACGAACAGCGACUCUGUCGUUGGAUCGCAGAAAAGAUCCCGUUCAAAGAGACAGGUGGGCGCACUGGAAACCGGCUUUACCAACAACUCAUCGAGCAAGCCAGCGAUCCUGAAUACGCCUGGGUUACCCGCCAUACUUGGCAGUCAUGGCGCGAAAGGUACAAGAAGAACGCAUCCCGUCUCGACCGCGUCAUCGCUCGCAUUGUCGAGGAGAAACAGCCAACCUUGGGUGAAAAAGGUCAAUAUGGAUUCGUUCGCCAACCAGAGGAGAAACCCAAGCGUACUCGAAAGAAGAGAAAGAUUGACCAAGUGGAUGAUUCCUUCCCGACAUCCGUCGAUGAUGUCCUCAGCCAUCUACCUCACGGGAUGCAGCUUCCCGGUGGUCAGCAUGUCGAUGUCUUGCAAUUGCCUCACCAUCCUUUCCCCAAUCUUAAUCCUACUGCUGGGCCUUACCCCCACAUGCUACCCAUCCCUUCUGGAUCGGCUCUUCCGGACAGACCUGAUCAGAUGCGAAAGACUCCAACGCGAGAAGAAGUGGAAGAGAACGAGGAGCCUGAAUGGGCUGUUCGAAUCGGUCAUGCACCACCACCCACCUGGGCACCGCGUCCUGGUGAUGAUAUGAAUAAACGACGGAAAACAGGCGAAGGAGAAGAGGCAGGACCGUCGACAGGGAUUCCAGGACCACAAGAAGUGGAGGAACCUUCCGCUUUGAGUGCUUCGGCCCUCGUCGCUCUAGCAAGCCUCCAUGUCAUCGACCAUACCCUCAGGGAAAUUGCCGCGGAAUUCAGGUUUACCGUGGAAGAGGUCAAGGAAUACUACGACCGAUGCGGGGAGAUGACCCAAACCCGUCAGCGAUUCCAGCAGAUGCGUCGGUUACUCCAAGAGAGAUUCGGCAAUUGA